AUGACUCGAGUACUGAGUGCGUUAUUCACCGGUUGUCUUGCAGCCACCGUCGCUGGUCAAAGGAUAUCACACUCGACACAGAAUGGUCGUCCGACUUGUACAGUCUAUGCCGGCAAAAACAACAAUACCGACGACACUCCAACAUUGGUCAAAGCCUUCGAUACUUGUGGCCAUGGCGGCAACAUUGUAUUUCCAGCAGAUCAAACUUAUCACAUCAACACAAAGCUCAACCCAGUCGUUAACGAUGUGACGGUCGACUGGAAAGGUGAAUGGCUCUUCUCAGAAGAUCUGGACUAUUGGCGCAAGAACUCCUACCACAUCGAGUUCCAGAAUCACGCCGCAGGAUUCAUCCUUACCGGUGAUCAUAUCCGCAUCAAUGGCUAUGGUACUGGUGGUAUCAACGGCAACGGGCAGCUUUGGUACUACGAUGAGCGCGGCAACAGCACUGUCGGCGCCACAAGACCCGGACGUCCCAUGCCAUUUGUUUUCUGGAAUGUCUCGGACGUUGCGGUGAGCAACUUUUAUAUCGACCAACCUCAGCUUUGGUCUAUCAACAUGAUGAAUGCCACGGACAUGGUUUUCGACAACAUCAGGGUCAAUGCUACAAGCCCUCAGGCACCAGAAGGCUACAAUUACGUGCAAAACACUGAUGGCUUCAACACUAUGGACACCCGUAACGUCCUUCUGACAAACUUUAUCUACCAAGGAGGCGAUGAUUGCAUCGCCAUCAAACCCCGAAGCUACGACAUCACAAUUCGCAACGUAACCUGCAUAAGUGGCAACGGCAUCGCGAUAGGCUCCCUUGGUCAAUACUUAGACGAUGCCUCGGUAGCGAACGUCUGGAUAGACCAAGCCAAGAUCGUGAAAGGGGGAGCGCAAGAUAACAUCGGAAAUGCGGCUUACAUCAAGACCUGGGUUGGCGAGCUCGUGUCUGGGGGCGAUAGAGACUACGAAUCUGACUAUCAGCCUCGAGGCGCAGGUUGGGGCAGCGUGACGAACAUGCUGUUCAGUAAUUUCCAGGUCUUUGGUGCUAAGGCGGGAGGUGUCAUCAGCCAGAACAGUGGAGACAACGGUACUGCCGCUGGUACGUCGAACAUGCUCGUUAGCAAUAUCGCCUUCGUAAAUUUUACUGGAUACCUUGACAACAGGCCCACGACUGCGAGUGAAUUAUACCUUGCAUACGGCUUUGAACUCGACGAGUACAGGCAAGGCGAGCUGCAAAUGGACGGAGGUUGGAGGUGUGCAUGGGCAGAAUUGUAG